AUUAAAUACCGACCCGCCCGGUAAUUGCCGCUGAUAUCUCUUGACACAACAUGGGUAUUCGACAUAUGCUCAUCGCCGCGCUCGCAGCCGUGACGCCCGUCCUCGUCCAGGGAACCCAAAUCUUCAGCAACCACGGCACCCUCAGCGGCUGGGAUGGCCAGCAGACCGAAAACAAGGGCAAGAUCUCCGAAGUGACCAACGUGGUAUACGAGGGAGGCACAGCCCUCAAGUUCGAGCAGACCUACGACUCUUCCUACUCGGGCCGCUACCACGCUGAAGUGCGGACUCUCAACGGCUACGCCCGGGGCGAGACACGCUUCUAUGGCUUCAUGUUCCGUCUGCAAGGCGACUGGCAGUCGAGCCCCGCGCAGUCCUAUAACCUUGCUCAGUUCAUCGGCAACUUUGGCUCCAGCAGUUGUGAUGAGUGGUCGCCUACGACCAUGGUCUGGGUCAAUGGAAACCGUCUCAUGACCAGAGUCAAGAGUGGCACGCUCUGCUCUCCCUCAACCACUCCUUUCGACACCGGCAUCAAUGUCAGCGCUGGUACCUGGCACAAGAUUGUGAUGCAGGUCAGUUGGAGGAGCGACAGCUCGGGCUUCUUCAAGCUCUGGUACGAUGGAACCAAGGUCGUCGAGCACUACGACAUCAAGACGACUCUCGACACCGACGUGAGAUUCCAGUUCCGAGUCGGUCUCUAUGCCAAUGCUUGGUAUGAUUCGGGCUAUUCUGGCUCUCAGCCCUUCCGUCAGGUUUGGUUUGAUGAGAUUGCCAUUGGUGAUACUUUUGCGGAUGCGGAUCCCGAUCAGUGGUGAACGGUAUGUGGUUAAUAGUGGAGUGCCGAGGUAACCGGGCGACGAUCAAGGGCGGUCAGCCUCCGGCAUUAUCGGCCACCGGCAAUGCGGCUGUAAUACAAAUAACUACCCAUGUCUCGGACAUAAGUUGUACGUAGUGUCAUAGAUAUGUAGUGUAGCGAAAGAACGACAUGGAAUCCUUGACGUCAAUCCGAAAGUGCCGAGGUUUGCUGAGUAUGCUCGUGCAGUCCCCCCGAUUUGCGGGGAAAGAGAUUGCUGGGAUGAGCUCUCAUUCGCCGCCUCAAUGAUCGAUAAGCUCUGUUCAGGU